UACAAAAACUAAACCAAAGCCCAGGCAAUUUUUAGUUUCUCUUGUUUCCGAAGAAGCCUCGCGGCGACUAGCUGGGAAACCCCAUCCUUGCCAAGCCUAGAACCGAGACUUUUCCGUGCUUAUUCACUUUCCGCUUGCUUCCCAUUCGGCGUUAGAUUUCAAAUCUGACAUAAGGAUUAGUCGGUGAUAUCUGGCUUCUCCACCCAAGAGCUGAGUAGGAAAACGAAACCUCUGGGUUUAGCUAACGGAAGGAGAGAGCGCGCGCUCGCUCUGGGCGCGCCGAGCGGAGCACCGCCCGCUCUCGCCCCCGCCCCCGGGACACUUGUAAGUUUCGAUUCCGGCCAAGCUGAGUUCUGCGCACUCGGCUAGGCCAGGGCAGCGGAGCCGGCAGGGCAGUGCGCGAUGGCGGACCCAGAGGUGUGCUGUUUCAUCACCAAAAUCCUGUGCGCUCAUGGGGGCCGCAUGGCCCUAGACCAGCUGCUCAAGAAAAUCGUACUGUCCGAGACACAGCUCUGCGAGGUGCUGGAGGUGGCCGGGCCCGAUCGCUUCGUGAUGUUGGAGACUGGCGGCCCGGCCGAGGUCACCCGGUCGGUGCUGGCCACCACUCGAGCCCGGGUCUGCCGUCGCAAGUUCUGCAAUAGACCCUGCGAAAACCUGCACCUCUGCAAGCUCCACCUGCUAGGCCGGUGCAACUAUUCCCAUUCGGAUCGGAAUUUAUGCAAAUAUUCUCAUGACAUUCUCUCAGAAGAAAACUUCAGAAUCCUGAAAAGUCAUGAGCUCUCUGGACUUAACCAAGAGGAAUUAGGUGUGCUCCUCAUCCAAAGUGACCCUUUUUUUAUGCCUGAGAUAUGCAAAAGUUAUAAGGGAGAGGGUCGAACACCAAUUUGUAGCCAGCAGCCCUCCUGUGAAAGGCUCCACAUCUGCGACCACUUCACCCGCGGGGAUUGUAGUUACUCCAAUUGCUUCAGGUCCCAUAACCUGAUGGACAGAAAGGUGCUGGCUGUCAUGAGGAAACACGGGCUGAGCCCAGAAGUGGUUCAGAACAUCCAGGACAUCUGCAACAACAAGCACGCCCGAGGGAGAAAGAACCCUCCUGGCCGGAGAGCUCCUUCCUCAAAUCGUAGAGGUGUGGCAUAUAGAGGCAGAAGCAAAAGUAGAGACAGAUCAUUUCUGGACAGUCAAGAAUUCCUUCCAUCUGCUUCAGCUUCUACUCCAAGGUCCUGCACAUCCAGUCCAGAUAACAUUGACAGUGGGUCUCCCCUGGAUGAUGUGAAGGAUCUCACCCAUAAAUUCAUGUAUUUGGGGAGUCAAGAUAGCUCUCAACCCUCCGUCUCAUCCAGGCCCACCGAUCUUGUAGGAACAGGACAGGUGGGAGCAAGCCACAGCUGUUCAGAGAAUGACAGUCGAGAGGGUCUCUUAUUUGGGAACCAUUUUUCUGCUUUUAAUUCAACAUCAGCCGCCAACCGGAAGGGCCCCACCUCCUGGCUGAAUGACCAGAGCACUGAGAAAGAGAGCUUGUUUUCUGAGAAUCAAGCUGCCUCCUUCUCAGGUCUUAUUUCUGUCCAAACACCCGAAACCGUAACCACCACAAAGAACCCAGGCAGACCUUCCUCGGACUUGUCUUCCAACAUCGAGGGCAGAAGCGGAAAUCAAGAUGUCCAGCUUUUCUCUUUUUUAAAUAAUAUCAUUGAUGAAAUGGCCACAGGUACAACUUCCAUGAGAUCUUUAAAUUAUAAGACCACAAGCAAUAGACAGAGAGAAAAAUCAUUAUCCAGGAAUCAGGACACCGGAACCACUCAUGGGAAUCCCCAAAUCACUGGCAGAAUUGCAGAAGGCGAUCAAGGAGUGGCAUCUGUUAAUGCUAAAUCUGGAGGGAAGACAUAUUGGGCUAGUAAAUGUGUCCACAGUGCACCAAAGGACUUGAGUAAAGUUACUAAUAAAUCUACAGGUGUGGAUAAAACUGGUGCCACUGGUUUCAGCCGAAGUGUGGCAGUCAGCAGGGAUAAAGAUGUGUUACACUCUGGAAGUCAGAAUCUGAGAACCCAGGUAGUUCCCACACAUGGGGACAUCACUGCCUCUGCACAAGUCAGCAGUCCGCCUAUGAUGUCACCUGCUACUCCCUCCUCAAGCAACAGAGCUGCAGCCUGCAGGACCCACGGUGACAACUCUGCCCAAGCCUCCGUUACCUCUGCCAGUGUGCUUCCAAAAGGGAGGAUCCAAGACCCAGAUCUGUAUUCCAUUUCUGACAUCAACAGUACCGCAUUUUCCAAGAUAGAUGAUCAUGGCUCAGAAGAAAUUUGUCUUGACCAUCUGUAUAAGGGCUGUCAACUUAGCAACAGCUGCAGCAAAGUUCAUUUCCAUCUGCCCUAUCGGUGGCAGAUGUUAACUGCAAACACAUGGAUGGAUCUCAAGCUCAUGGAGAUGAUUGAGGAGGCCUACUGUGACCCAAACAACUGCAUCAUUUCCAUAAGACAUCAUAACAUCAAUUUCCAGGAAAUGACUUGUGAUGCUAAUCCCAUGCGCCGUAUCUCCACUCCUUCAUCUAUGGCAAAGCUGAGCGAUUCCGUCUUUACCACAAAAUGGAUAUGGUAUUGGAAGGAUGACUCUAACAAUUGGAUUCAAUAUGGGGAAGAUAAAGGUAAUCAGAAAACUUCGAACAUCAACUCUUCAUACCUGGAGUCUUGGUUUCUGUCUUGUCGAAGGGGAAUUGUAUCAUUUCAGGCAGGUUCGCAGACCUACGAACUGAGUUUCCAAGGGAUGAUUCAGACAAACAUAGCUUCCAAGACUCAAAAGGAUGUCAUCAGAAGGCCAAAGUUUGUGUCUUCCGAAGAUGUGGAACAGAUUAAAAAGGGGGCAGAUCAGCUGGCGCAGACCCCGUCAGAUGCGUUAACCUCGAAAUUUCAUCCUCAGUGGGACCAUCACUACCUGCCCAUAAAUGGAUAUGAGUUGUCAGAGAUCAAUGAUCAAACUACAGAAUAUGCUGCCAUAAGUGCACGUUUUAAAGCUUCCAUGAAAAACUUCAAGAUUGAAAAGAUAAAGAAGAUCCAGAAUCCAGAGCUCUUGCAGACUUUUGAGAAGAAAAAAUCGAAGAUGAAGCUGAGCUGUGAAAAACUCCUAUUUUUUGCAACAUACCGUGCCCACCUGGAGUAUAUCUGUGCAAAUAAUUUUGACUGGACAUAUCAUGGACCUUUUGAAACCAAAUAUGGAAAAGGAAAUUACUUCACAAAAGAUGCCAUUUGUUCCCACAAAAGUUGUGGGCAUGAAGCCAAAAACAUAGCUAUGUUUGUAGCCCGAGUCUUGGUUGGAGAUUUUAUUGAAGGAAAUAUGACGUACAUAAGACCUCCUUACAAACUUGAUGGACAGAGAACACUGUAUGACAGCUGUGUGGAUGUCAGGUCGAAUCCUUCCAUUUUUGUUAUCUUCCAGAAAGAUCAGAUUUACCCAGCAUAUGUGAUUGAAUAUACUGAAAUAGACAAGCCCUGUGUGAUUAGUUAGAAAUGAUAAAUACAUCAUAAUAGAUGACAUAACUAUUCUGUUCACAUAUGGACCAAAUUGCCCCAGAUAAUAACAAAACUUUUACAUUUCCUCACCAAGUUGUGUAAAGUCUUAGAUCAGUAGUUCCCAAACUUGACUGCACAUUUGAGUCAUCUGCAGAUCUUCAAACAGUCCUGAUACCCAAUUUGCACCCUAUAUCAAUUAAAUCACUAUUUCUGGGGAAAAGAGCGAGGCAGCAGUAUUUUUUUAAAGACACCCUAUCCCUGAUGAUUCCAAUGUGUAGCAAAGUUUGGGAACCAUUAUUUUAGAAUAAACUGGUAAAGACUGAUUUCUAAAUUUUCUGUAAUUUCAGUAACGUUUCUCUCCCAACUACUCUUUCAGUUCACCAUAUGUCAUGAUUUUGUUUUGAUUAAAUUUAAUGAAAAUUAAUUUGGGAAAAUUGGGAAAAAUCUAAAAAUUCCUAUUGAAAAAUAAGGACAUAAGACAUUACAGUCUUAGAUGGAAGACUGUGAAAGAUUGAGGAAAAAUGCUUACAGCCAUGCCAGAAAAAGAGUAAAAGUAAUUUAAACGCUAUACAGAUUUAAUUGCGGCACUUUUCCUGCUAUCUUUAUGAUGAAACUGAUUUUUGGCACACAUAUUUAUCUCUACAGUUAUUUAAGGGACAGACACCCAUCAGGUUAACUCUGGAAUAUAACAAGAGCCACCAAAUAUGGCUCAGAGAAAAGCAACCAGUUAAUUGCCCAUUUGGGCUCUUGGUACAAUUAUACUAGACAUUUAUCUUCUGAUUAAUAUGAAUACAAGGAAGAAGGCUUUUUCAUGUUAGGCUUUCAUGAAUUGCCUGUAUUUUGGGGGGUAUGCCACAUUCCCAGGUUGUUUAGCAAAAUGAUGUCACUUCUUAGGGUGAGCAGGCUCAGCAGAAGACUGAGUUGCAGUAACCAGAUUCGCACAAGCAUGACCGAUAAACCCGAGUGCUAUUUUAGUAAUUCGCUGCGGCAGCAGAUGAAGCUCACUUCGGAAUUUGGACCAGGGCCAUCCCUAGUGAGGGAUGGCCCCCAAGGUAGAAGCAUUAUUAGUUUCCUGGUGAGCACAGAAUUAGAACAAAAAGAAGAGCACCUCAAACAGGCUUUGUGCCUGCUGGGGACUUCUUUUUUUAAAAAAUAUAACUGAUUGUAUAUGUGGUACAAUCAGUUUUUAGACUAGUCGAGGUACCUGGACCAAUAUUUCCUCCUUUACUAUGAAUCAGGUUUCUCCAUCCAGUUUUCCUUUUUGAACUUUCUGUAUUAGUUGCCAAGAUUUCCUGUUACAGUCCUUCCAGCAGAUUUUACAAAUAAUUAAUUAGCUCUAGAGUCGACUUUAUAUUAGGCAGAUUUUAUAUCAGUGUGACGAUUCCCACAACUCUUUGAUUUAGACAGCCCCACCCCACCCCACCUCCGCCCCAGGAACAAAUGUAUAGAGUUUUUUUUUAGCAUAGUGUUAUUUUCUGGGAGGAAAGCCACAGGUGGCUAUUCUUAUUCACUUAUUUUUUUCAUGGUAGAUUCUGUUUUGGAGUUUUCAUUUCUUGAACUUGAUUCUCAUAGAGGUGCAAUUUAUCCAACUCUAUCCAAGUGAUUAUUAGAAAUCUCUAGUUGGAUAUUUUACAGACAUCUUUAAUUUAACAUGUCCAAAAUAGAACUCUCGAUUUGCUUCCCUCAAACUAAUUAGUUCUUUGAGUAUUCUGUAUAUGAGUAAAGGGUAUCACCAUCCGUCUAUCCACUCAUUCUUAACCCCUUCAUUUCCCUCCGUCUAUAUAUCCAAGCAGUUUCCAAGUCCAGUUUUAUCUCUUAAAUCUCUCUUUGUCCCUUUAUAAGCUCUAUGUAGCAGCAAGCAUGGUCAUAUUUUUAAAAAUGUAUUUAUUAACAGCCUUUUAAAAACACAAAUCUGAUCAUGCCUUUAGGAUAAAUUUCAAAAUCAUUAUCAUGGUCCUCCAUAAUCUUUCCCUUUCUACCUCUCAGUCAUUUCCUUUCUUCCACUCAAGCCAUUCUGGCUUUCUUUCAAUUCUUGGCGCCCCUUUCUUCCCCUAGUUCAGUAUUUCUCAACUAGCACUUCUGCCAUUUAUUUUCUAUGACAAAUACUUUGUAAUGUCCCCUCUAUGAUCCUGAAAUGCAAUGUAUAGGUAAUACACUCUACCUUCACUUAAUUUCAGAAAUUAAAAAUUAAAUAAACUUCAUAUUAAUAUAAAAGGGAAAUAAAAGGAAUGUAACUUGAGCAUGACUAUAUUAGAGGACAUAAUGAAGUAGUCAAAUGCUUUUACCUACUUAUAAUGAAUAAAUUUGAACUUGAGAUUAAGAAGCUAUUUUGUACAAAGUGUGAGAAAUCAUAAAAAAGUAGGGAUAUGAGUGUACCUUACAAUAAAAACUAGUGAUACAAUAACUUAUUUAUACAUGAUAAUAUUUAUAUGUUUAUGAUAAGAGGAAGAACGAAAUAACCUUUUGAAAUAGAGAUAAUAUGCAAGAAAACUUACAGAUUGUCGAUACGGAGAAAAUGAGGCAAUACGAUAUUCUUGCUGACGAUCUAGAAUGUCCAGUGAGACAUUCAAAAUUCGUAGAGGGUGCAGAGUAAUUCUUUAUUGUGUGGAACUGUCCAAUGUUUUGCAAGAUGUUCAGCAUACUUGGCUGUCACACACUAAAUGCCAGUAGCACCCACCACCCGCAGUCACAGUGGCACCACACACCCUAUCAGACCUAUUCACCCUUUUUAGAAUAGGUGUUUUGUAACAUCCCCUUCGCUCUUGACAUGAUUCAUAGAUAAAAUCUCCUUGUACAGAUGAAUUUUUAAAAAUUCAACAUAAUGCCCUCACUUCAUUAUAAUGGAGAAAUAAAAAUUUGGAAUGAAAAUAAUAUGAAUUCUAAUAUGUAAAUGCUCAGGCAUGACUACGUUAUAAGACAUCAUGAAACAGACAGAUGUUUAUUCCUACUUAUAAUGAAUAAGUUUGGGUUUAAGAGUCGGGCAGAGGCUACCACGUAAAGUAAAGGAAAGGGAAAGAUGAGACGUGUGGGUGACACUAGAAAUGAAAACCAGUAAUAGGGUAAGCCAUAACAGACCAUAUACCUUAUCUGUAUAUAGUAUGGGAAAGAGAGAAAUUACUGUAAUUGAAUUAAGAAUAAUAGGACAAGACAAAUUAUGAUUGUUGAAGAGGAAAAAAUGAAUUAUAUUCUCUCAGAUGAGCUCUAAGUCCCUACAUAAAUGUCCAACAGGACAUUAGAAAGUCAUAGAGGAUGCAGAACAUUCUUUGUGCGAGACUGACCCACACAUUGCAGGACAUCUGUUAUCCCUGGCUACACCCCUUCAAUGCCAAUAAUAGCCCCAACAACAACCCCAUCAGUUUUCAGAAUGCCACAGGUGAAAACCACUGAUUUAGUUAAUGUCUAACAUCCUUAGAUCAGUUUAGCUCUUACUUCCUUAAGGACUCCUACGCAAGUAGGUCAGGCCCCUGUCUCCCAAACCCUGUUUUUAAAAUACUUUGUACCUUGCUUUGUUAAUUUGUAGCAUUUAUCUAAUUUGAAAUCGUCUGCUUUCUGCUUUAGAAUGUAAGCUCCAUGAGGGCAUAAUCUAAAUCUAUCUUGUUUAUAGUGCCAUGCCCAAUGCCUAACCUACUUUGGUGUUUGAUACACUGUAAGUGCUGGAUAAAUUUUGUUAAUUAAAUUAAGUCCAACUAUUCCUCUUGUUCUUCAAGCGUAGUUUGAAAUUAUCUAAUAAAAAGAAAUAAAUAUUAA